GCAUAAAGUGCUUUACAAAAUGAAUAUUUUAUACGUCACAUUUCUGCUUUGCUUUCAAAAACUUUAUGCCAUUAAAGCGGCUGAACCGGAAGUUUGCAUCGAGGCGUUAGGCUGUGUGGAGGGCGUAAAUGUGGCCGGGCUUGAAGGGCAGCAGUAUGAAGCCUUCUAUGGCAUACCAUACGCACAGCCGCCCAUUGGUGAAUUGAGGUUUAAGAAUCCCCUACCGGCUGAGCACUGGCAGCAUAAGCUAAUGGUGAAAGAACCGAAACCGGAAUGUAUUCAAUUCAAUGUUAUAGCGCCCACACCGUAUAUAAGUGGCGAAGAGGACUGCUUAUAUUUGAAUGUGUAUCGGCCAAAAAAUCCUACUGCUGACAAGCUGCCCAUUUUGUUCUACAUACAUGGUGGUGGUCUCUUUUCCGGUUCUAUAAAUCCACUUUUUCAUGGUCCUGAAUAUUUUAUGCAAACGAACGAGAUUAUUUUGGUGUUACCCGCUUAUCGUUUGGGUCCAUUUGGUUUUUUAAGUAGCGGUGAUGAGCACAUAGCUGGCAAUUACGGACUUAAGGAUCAAAGUAUGGCACUUAAGUGGGUGCACCAGCAUAUAAACGCAUUUGGCGGCGAUCCCUUACGUGUCACCAUCUCGGGACAUAGUGCCGGUAGUGUUUCGGCGCAUUUGCACAUGUUCAGUCCCGCUUCGAAGGAUUUAUUCCGCAAUGCUAUAUUGAUGAGUGGUGUGGGAAAUAGUCCUUUCGCACGACUUACGAUUGAUCAACGGGCUGUGGUGGAUAAAUUAGCCACCGCUGCAGGCAUCACCAACGCCGAGAAAAUGCCUUCCAACGAACUUGCCGCUGCUUUACGCACUGUGCCUGCAAUGGAUCUGGUAAAAGCCGGCGGCGCAUUGAAAGUCUGGGAUGUUCAUCCAUUUGUAAAUUUCCGUCCGAAUUUGGAAGACGAAUCAUGGCCGGAACCAUUUAUGACGCGAAAUUUAUUCCAAUUAACCCGUAGCGUGAAUAUGCCUCAAACGGUGCCUUGGAUUGGUGGUUCUAUGUUGUCAACGGGGGAGGGUACGGUUAUGGCGUUGAAGUUAGUAUCGGAUCCGGUUUUACAGGCUGAAUUCAAUAAGAACUUUGAUGAACACUUCACGUUGGUCCUCGAGUUGAAUGGCACAAAGAAUACGGAAAAGGUGGAUGAAAUAAUUGAACGUUUGGUUGCGGAGUAUAUGGGUGGCGUACGUGAACUGAAUAAAGACACCAUGGAUGGCUUCCUUGCGCUUUUAGGCGAUGCUUAUUUCACGCAUCCCUUAUAUAGGACCAUUGCAGCCGAUCUGAAUUCUGGCGCUGGUGCUGCACAUAGUUUAACAGGCGCAUUGCAGUUUGUUUACCGUGGCCCCUACACAUUUUCACAAUUCUUCACGGGCAGCUCGAAGGAUUAUGGCGCUGUACAUGUUGACGACAUGCUGUAUUUAUUUGGCAUGCCAUUACUAAUACCAAAUGGUCUUCCAAAAUCAUCGGCAGAGUAUGAGAUAAUGAAGAAAUACGUCGGACUUUAUGUGGAAUAUGCCAAGAAUGGCAACGUUGAAAUUUUCACGAAAAUUGGCCCCUGUACGAUAGAGUCGUUUGAACGAUCCGAUGGCUCGGGCAUUUGUGAUUAUUUGUCGAUUGCCAAUGGCACCGAGCCGUUCAAAGUUGAACACACUUGGAAUGUAGCACGAAUGCAAUUGUGGGAUUAUGUGGACAAGACUCUAUUCUGAUUAAAAAUAAAUAAUGUUGUUGUAUUCUUUAACGAAAAUUGUUUAAUUCAUUAAAUAUUAUAUAACUUUUUUCAAUUAA